GCCCUGUCCCGAGCCCAAGCGGCAUCGAGCAGCAGCUAGCACUGCGAUAGGAUCAGGAGAGGAGUCCACAGCAGGGCAGGGGACCGGGCUGACUGGCGGGUGGUCCAGGAUGCCAAGGCUGAGUCACAGUGAGUACGUUCUCCAGCAGCUGAACAACCAGAGGGAGUGGGGAUUCCUGUGCGACUGUUGCAUCAUCAUUAAUGACAUCUACUUCCGAGCUCACCGCGCCGUGCUGACCGCCUGCAGCUCCUACUUCCGAAUGAUGUUCAUCAGCCAGCAGCUGACUGGGAACCUGAGCCUCAGCAACGUCAACAUCAGUGCCGAGUGCUUCGACCUCAUCCUGCAGAUCAUGUACCUGGGCAGGCUGGUUGGAGUCCCCUCGGACUUUGAGGAGCUGCGAUCCGCCAUGACCUUCCUGCAGCUCUACUACGUGCCCAAGAGCCUGGAUGAACUGCAGCAGAGCGACGGCAAGGCCACCCCGUCCCCACCAGCGACUGCGGCCCAGCCGAAAGGCGCCAUGAUGUUCGGGGUACGGAUGUACGAGGAGCCGCCGGGAGAGCUGGUCAAGAGGAGGCGGCGGGAACCGAGCCCCGAGGUCAACGGCCUCAGCGCUGCCCCCGCAGUUGCGCCGCCGCUGCCGUCCCCCGCCGCCACCACCACCACCACCUCCAUGGAGGCCCCGGCCAGGAAGCAGGGUCGCCCGGGCCUAAAGGGCAGGCUUCACCCCCGCUUCGGCAAGUGCUACACGUGCGACUGCUGCGGCUUCGUCUUCAGCUGCGAGAAGCUGCUCAAUGAGCAUGCGCUGACCUGCAACAGCCGGCGUGCGCCUGCGCCCCCUGAGGGGCCGGAGCGCGAGGGCGAUGCCAUUAAGGCGGGACCCAGCGGGCGGCCCGGCUCCGCGGAGCCACCAUUGGUGCCGCCUGAGGUGAACGGCACGGGGGGCGGCCGCCCGCCGGUGAAGACAGAGCCCGAUGACACGGCGGCCGUCGACCUGCGCGACAUCACCGUGGUGCAGGUGGCGGACGACGGCGAGCUCGCCUCGGACGACGAGGAGGAGGAGAAAGCGCUGGCCUGCGGGGGGCACCGGCCGUCGGAGGGUCACCCCAAGUGGGCCGCGGAAGAGGACGAAGAGGAGGACGACGAUGAGGAGGAAGAGGAGGAGGAAGGGCGCCCCUUGAAGCUGGAGCCACAAGAGGGACGAGGCAGCCCGCUGGGGCCGGCCUGUGAGCUCUGCGGAGUGGCACUGCCCGAGAGUGAGCGCGCCGGCCAUUACGUGGCCCACCACGUGGACAGCGUGUGCGCAUGUGGCAAGUGUGGCCGCCUCCUGGUGAAGGGUGGCCGCUUGCAGGAGCACGCUGAGCGCUGCCUGGGCGGCCACGACGCCCUGUACCCCUGGCAGGCCAACAGCGGGCAGCCCGUUCCCCCAUCAACCCCGGCACCCCCGGGAGACUCGCCGCCGGGCCCUCAGCUGGCCAGGUUCACCUGCCAGGUGUGCGGGGGCAGCUUCAAACAGCGGUACCAGCUGCAGGAGCACAUGUACCGGCACGUCGGCCGCCACUUCCAGUGCUCGCAGUGCGCCCGGGCCUUCGACCAGGAGAAGCUGUGGGUGGAGCACAUUUCCCGCUGCAUGUUCGGCCAGGCGCCCCGUGAAACCCCGCCCGAGAGGGUGGACCGGCGGAAGCACGUGUGUAACCUCUGCGGCAAGGCCUUUUACCAGCGGUGCCACCUGCGAGAGCACUUCACCACCCACACCAAGGAGAAGGAGUUUGCCUGCCAGAUCUGCGGCAAGGAGUUCCUGCGGGAACGCCUGCUCCGACUGCAUUUGGACAUGCACCGGGGAGAUGCCCGUUAUGUCUGCCCCAGGUGUGGCCAGGGCAGCUACCGCAAGCAUGACCACCUGCGCCACAUGGUGUCUCAUCUGGUGGGCCGAGAAGUCAUCUGUGAGGUCUGCUUCCAGGUGUUUGAGGAUGGGGAGCUGCUGGAACGUCACACUGACGUCCACCUUCACACCUGCACCUUGUGUGGGGACAAGUUCAAAUUGAAGAAGGAGCUUACAAUGCACCAUCUAACCAGCCACACCAAGAAGCUGUGAAUGACUACCCCUACCCUCCUAAAGUAUUCCACUGGACCUGCCAUAAACCUGCCUAGAGUUUGUUUUCAGUGGGAUGAUCCAUCCCACCUCCUCACCUUCUCUGGUGUUGUCCUCCCUGGCACUAUUCACCAGAGAACUGAUCUCAGCAAGGCCCAGCGUUCAUCGCAGCCCUUGCCAGAAUGUCACGACUGGUGGUAGUAAUGCCAAGUCACGUCCCUACGAGAAACCAUCACGCAGAGGAUGUUGGAGAAACUCAGCAGGUCUGGCAGCAAAGGAGAGAAACGGAGUUAAUAUGUCAAAGUCUGGUAUCAUACUUCAGAAAUGUCCUUUGCUCCGACUGACCGCAUUACAAACGCAAAAUGAGAUCAUAUGUCUCAGGACUGGAAUCCCGUGGGAUGGUUGGACAUAGUAUCGCUGACACACAGAGGAGGAACUGACACUGUUGACUUUAAUUCCAUAAUAUAAUGCUCAGAUUUAUCAAGUAUAUCUCAUUGAUUAUUAUGUGAUUUUGGGAACCAAGACCUGGGUGGUGCUUUCUCCAUUGUAAUGGCAAUUGACAAUUUGCACAUGGCUGUAGGAAUGCAAUGUAUUUUUAAAAUAAUGUCCACUUUUUUCCAUCUCGGAAUGAUGGUCUAAUUUCAUUACUCUGUUUAAGAACACUUGUUCACAAUCAGGAAUAGGUUCUUGUUAUGCAAAAGCACUGGGACUAACAACUGACAGAGGCACACCUUUACCUAAUAUUAAAAUAGAAUGCUGGAGGAAUUCAGCAGGUCUGGCAGCAUCUGUGAAGAGAGAAACAGUAAACAUUUUGAGUCAGGUAUGACUUCUUAAAGGACCUUUUUUUAAAGGAGUAAAAUCAUACUUGGCUCAACAUUAGAUCCACAUUGUUCUCUCCGCAGAUGCUGCUGAGUUUCUUCAGCAUUCCCUGUGGUUGUUUCAGAUCGCUAGCAUCCACAGCACUUUGUUUUUACAUCUGGACCUGUAUCUAAACAUCAACUGGAGGAGGCAGAAUUGUUCUCCUUUGAAGUAGAGAUGGUUAAGGCAAGAUUUGAAUGCUGUGUUCCAAAUUUACCCCUUACGUUUCUGACAGGGUAACUAAGAACUACUUCCAGAAGCAGACACAGAUUGACUGUAAUUUAAAGAAAAAAGCAGACUGGGAACUAGAUCUCUAAAACAUGGAAAACAGUCCUGCAGCCCAUUGAGUCUGCUCUGGUCAAAAUGGUUAACUGUCUAAUCCCGUUUCCCAGCACGUGGCCCAUUGCCUUGACAUCAUGAGUGCACAUUUAAAUGCUAUGUCAAAGUUGAGAGUUUUUCCAUCUACCAGCCUUACUGGUAGUGAUUCCCACCACCCUCAGGGUGAAAAAGCGUUGCCUCUCUUUCCCUCUAAACCUUCUAUUCCUUACCUUAAAUGUCUGUAUCCACUUGUUAAUCCUCCCAUCAAAGGGAAACAUCUCAACCACGUGCCCCUCAGUCUCCUCUGCUCCCAAUCUGUCUUUCACAAGUGAAACUCUCCAGCCGAGGCAAUAUCCUGGUAAAUAUCCUCUGUCCGCUCUCCGGUGCUAACAUAUCCCUCCUUUAAGGUAGACUCCAGAACUGCACACAAUACUCUAGCUGUGGCCUAACCAAAGUUUUAUGCAGUUCCGGCAUAACUUCCCUGCUGUUCAACUCUAUGCGUUGACUAAAAAAGACAAAGAAUCCCCAUAUGCCAUCUUAACCACUUUAUCGAGCUGUCCUGCCACCAUAAGGGGCAGGUGUUCAUGCAAACCAAGGUCUCUCUGAUCCUCGGUGCUAUAUGGGGUUAUACUUUUCAUUCUGUAUGCUCUUGCCUUACUUAUCCUGCAGGAUUGAGCAGUGGCUGGUGCUGAGGAGUAAUCUGACUCUCAUGUCCCAGAGCCAGGUCUGCUGUCCUGGAGAUUCUUGUCUGCCCUGCCCCUAAUCCUCAGAGUGGGUCAGACCUGUCCUUUUGAUAAUGAGAGGAACCAUGGGAUCGAAGCACUAGAUCCAAGAGUAUAGCAGCAGCAGCUUCCCAGGCAGUUCUUUAACCAGUUCUCUGUGCCCCCCCUCCCUCUUCAUAAGCCAUCUCUGCCUCUCUCUUGAUCUCUUGGAUGCUGUGUGCUGCCCCCUUCAUUGCUAAUUUUGGACAAUCAAACAGCAAUAUUGCUAAUUUAAGGAGUCAGAAUGUUUGCAGGUUGUAACCAGCUGAUUUUACUGGAUCUUGCCUUACAGUAGCAGUACACAAAGUCACUUGUGAAUUGAUGUUCUGUUUAGAGACUGGCAGAGUUUUUUAAAUUCCAUUUUUAAUAAAAUGUUCAGUAUGUAUGCA